UCCGCUGGCGAAAUUUGUUGAAUAAGGGAAGGUGUUUCGACUUGGCAUUUUAAAGUUUGGGUGGCCAAGAUAUCGCCAAUUUUGGUUAGAAAUGGCCCUUCGUCGUGUUUUAAGACGUAUGGUAACACCGUCAAAUAAUGUAUUUCUUUUCUUUCGUGCUCAAAGCACGAAAAGCGCCGCGAUCGCUGAAGAAACAACCAAGGAGAAAAAAAAAAGCUUCAUGAGAUUCAAUUGGCAAGAUCCUUUGAGUCUUGAAAGCUGUUUGACUGAAGAAGAGAUAAUGGUCAGGGAUCAGUUUAGAGAUUACUGCCAGGAAAAACUCAUGUCAAGGAUUUUGAUGGCAAACAGACAUGAAGUAUUUGAUAAAGAUAUUAUGACAGAAAUGGGAUCCCUGGGAGUUCUUGGUUGUACAAUUAAAGGUUAUGGAUGUGCAGGUGUGUCUUCUGUAGCAUAUGGACUUAUUGCAAGAGAAGUUGAAAGGGUGGAUAGUAGUUAUCGGUCAGCUAUGAGUGUCCAGUCCUCUAUGGUAAUGCACCCAAUAAAUGCUUAUGGAACAGAGGAACAGAGGCAGAAAUACUUGCCACAGCUGGCACAAGGCAAGCUGAUUGGCUGUUUUGGUUUGACUGAACCUAACCAAGGUAGUGACCCAGGUGGAAUGGAAACAAGAGCCAAGUAUAAUUCGGCUGGAAACAGUUAUAUUCUUAAUGGAAGCAAAAGCUGGAUUACUAAUUCACCAAUAGCUGAUGUGUUCAUUGUGUGGGCAAACUGUGAAGACAAGAGAAUCAGAGGCUUUAUCUUGGAGAAGGGAAUGAAGGGACUCUCAGCCCCUAGAAUUGAAGGGAAAUUUUCUCUGAGGGCUUCUGUAACAGGCCAGAUUGUCAUGGAGGAUGUGGAGGUUCCAGAAGAAAAUCUUCUACCAAUUGUGGAUGGGCUGGAGGGGCCCUUUGGUUGUCUGAACAAUGCUCGAUAUGGCAUUGCAUGGGGAGCUCUUGGUGCUGCAGAGUUUUGUCUUGCUACAGCCAGGCAAUACACAAUGGACAGGGUCCAGUUUAAGAGACCACUGGCAGCCAAUCAACUAAUGCAGAAGAAAAUGGCUGAUAUGGCAACUGAGAUUGCCAUUGGGCUUCAAAGCUGUCUGCAAGUUGGAAGGCUUAAAGAUGAAGGACAAUACUGCCCAGAAAUGAUUUCUAUGAUCAAACGGAACUCAUGUGGAAAAGCAUUGGACAUUGCACGAAUGUCUAGAGACAUGCUUGGAGGGAAUGGAAUCUCAGAUGAGUAUCAUGUCAUCCGUCACGUAAUGAACUUGGAAGCUGUAAAUACAUAUGAAGGAACUCAUGACAUACAUGCACUGAUUCUUGGAAGAGCAAUCACAGGACUUCAGGCUUUCACUGGCCGUUAAAUACAUCAAUGUCACUGAAUAUGUUUCAGAGAAAAGGGAACAGGAAAGCACAACUUUCACACCUGUCACUAAAUCUAUAUGUAUUAAAUUAUCAAUUUGAUGCAAUUGUAAAUGCCAACAUUAACUUUUAGUUACUGCUAAUUUAUUUUAUUAUACAUUUAGACCUACUAUGUAAACUCUGAUUGGUCGGUAGCAUACAGUCAAUAAACACUAGUGUGUGAAGUUGACAUUACAACCCAAUUUCUGAAGCAGAUAUUGGGUUAUCAUGUGAGAUCAAACUCUGCAGUCUUAAAUUGCCUUGUCCAUGUAGUGUUCUGAAAAUUCUAAGUGUCAUCUUAUGCAGAUUAUAUGAUAAAGCAAUUAUUGAAUUCAAUUUUCGCAUGAUAGCAAGAAUUAUCAAACCUUGUGUUGGUGUUAUCUGAUAAUUCAGACCUCAGGGUUGAUAAUUCAUGAUGUCAUGCUCAACCUCAUCUAAUAAUUGCUUAGUAUAUGGAUAAAACACAACAAGGUUUUUCAGUGUUCGGACCACAUGCAAAAAUUGCCUCUGUCAGACAAGUAGAUCACUGACAAGUAUCUUUUGGUAAAUUUUCAUCCAGCUAUAGUAACUGACACUCAGCUUAUUGAUUUUAAUACAUCUGUUUACUGUACUUAAAUUUUGAGAAUGUGAGAGAGAACAGAGAACAGCACAUCUCAAUUUUUAAAACAUUGUAAGAAAACAGUAUGUAUUCAAUUUUAUACAUACAAAUUAUUUUUAGCAUUAAUUGUAAAAACUCUUGGAUGUACAUUUUAUCAGGAGAUCCUCAUGAUUUUUGUCAUAAAUCAAGAGCACUAGUUUUCAAGUUCAUAGAUAGAAAGCUCCUACGCCACUCCAUGGUUUGGGUAGUUGUGGUGCUUGUUGUUUGGAAAUUCAACUUAUUUUUGAAAUAUUUAUUGGAAUGAGAAAGAAAUGUCAGUGUGUAGAUGGUACAGUAUAAACUAGUAGGUGUGAAAAUAAACUUGGUAACUGAAACUAAGGUGUAACUUA